GUAAAGAGAGCAAAGCACCGUCGCUAUCAGCACACACACACUCUCAAACACACACCUGCACACACAGAUCAGCACAGGACCGGCGUGCACACAACACUCUUCCUGGGAUAUGAACCCUCUUGCCAUCACCUGUCUCCUGUGCUUCGUCGUCUCCGGUGCGAUAGGUGCUCAGGGAUCUGAGGCCACGUUCUCCGGUGAAGUGACCCGAGUGACCGGGAGUCCCGCCUCUGGGGAGGGCCUCCAGAAUCCGCUGGGCGACGAUGACGAGCUGGAGGUAGACGAGAACGUCUCAGGAGGGGACAACGAAGAGUUCAGCCUUCUUGACUCACAUCCCAGCAAGGAUGAGAAGAAGAAAAGGAAAGGCAAAGGCAAGAAGCGGAACAAGCAAAAGAACAGAAGCACAACGCCUCUCAUCCCCGAGCACUCCUUCUACACCAGCGGGCACACGUCGACCUCGACCCUCAGCACCACACAGGAUCCCUGCACCUCCACCCACCUCAGCUUCUGUAUUCACGGUUACUGCAAGUACAUCGAGGGCCUGCAGGAGCCAGUGUGCAUAUGUAUGAAGGGCUACGACGGGGCACGCUGUGGGAUCCAGUCUCUCGAGACCAUUAAGACAAAGCCGGGCCCGAUCAACAACAGCGAGCUGGUGCAGACGGUCUUAGUGAUCAUCGCCGUGGUCCUGUCAAUCAUCAGCUGCACCACCAUCCUGCUCAUGACCUGCGCUCAUUACAGGUCACAUAAAAACUUAAUGGCGUCCUACCUGGGAACCGGGACGGAGCAGGAGAAGCUAAAGAAACCCACAGGGGACGUUGGUGUGUGAGGACGCCAAGUUACGAGCUGGAGCCCGAGGACCAGAGAAAGCAGUGUGAAUAGACUGCUUCAUUAGAUGCUGUGCAAAAAACAUAACUUGUUAGAAUGUAAUUUAUUUAGUGUUAUUAUUUAUUGUUAACGACUGUGUAAGUAUGUUUGGAUAUUUGACUAUUGCUACAAUGUAUUUUUUAGUUUUAUUUAUAUUACUGCUGUUUGUUAUAGGUCAGAAAAACACCGUUCAAAGGAAUGGAAUUUGAUCACCAUUAAAUUGUCUUGGUGUUACAUG